GCUCUCGGGCGCGGGUGAAGGUCGUGGCCCAGGAGUCACAGUUGGUGAGGGAAAAAGUGGACGGUUACGUCAGAGGACAGCCGGAUCCCGAGCAGAAUGAGCAGUCGGUCUCCAGAACCGCCACCAACAUUCGUGUCGGGGCGCCGAUCCGUUCCGAGAAGCGUAUGAACUUCGUUUGGGUCGUGAAAGCUGGAGCUCAAAAGGGCCAAUCCAAGUACUCCUUAGACCCGGAGUCCGCGUACAUCGAUCCCAGGGACAAGCAGCGCGUGACCCGGGACAAGAUCUGCUGUGACGUCUGCGGCAACCUGCUACGUCGUCCCUACCGGGUCCGCUGCUACCGGCGCCGGACGCCUUAUGACCCCCCGGAGACGGAGGUGGACCGUAAGAUGGAAGCGGACAUUUAUUUGGUGGGACAUCGCUGUAUGAAAGGUCUGUUGGGUAUCCCAGGAGAGAAGUGUGCGCCGCGGAGUCAAAACACUCGUCUGCGGCUGGAUAUCCGAAAGACGUUGCUCAACGGGACCAUUUUUGAAAUGGAAGACAACAAGGAAGGCGAAGAGCAAAACUCCAAGGAGUUCAAAGAGACCGAGAUCGUCCAAGCUCUGCAGACGGAGCUGGCCAAGGUCAUCAGCGAAUGCGCGGGGCCCGAGGCCGCCUGGCGUCAGCUGCCGAAGGAGAGCGCGCCACGGGAGGUGGGCGUGCGCUCGGGCGCCGGCUGCCGGGCCUUUGAAGAGAGGCCCUACAACGAGGAGGAGGACGUCACGGAAGACGAGGGCGCAGCGGUCAUCAAGCUGCCGCCCAAGAAGCGCAACGUGCCGCGGGGACCAAAGCCCAAGGCCACUGUGGUCACAGCGGAGCCGGAACCGGAGGAAGAGGAGGAGGAGGAAGAACAAGGGCUCCUGCCCGAGCCGGCGAAACCCUCGCGUUUCAUGGACCAGCACAAGACGAUGCUGCCUCUGGUGGCGCAGAAGCUCUCCGAGGUCUCCGCUCCGCACAAGCUGUACUCCAAGGUCUUGCCUGGUUUCAGCCGCCCGCCCUUCUUGAUCGUGAUCCCCACCUACGGUCGUCCUGAUCGCCUGGUUCGCGAAACCUUGGCGUUCUUGAGGAGGCAAAAGAUUCCGCAGAAUCUCAUCGAGAUUUGGCUAGCGCCUGGCCAUGCGCCCGGGCAGAAGUUCUCGGAACGGGAGCGCUAUGAAAAGGCCCUGGCACCUGAGUGGCCGGACGUGCACAUCCGAACCGGAGUGAAGGGAGUGAUGCAGCAGAGAUGGCGAAUAGGCCUGGCGCAUCCCGAAGGAAUGCAUUUGGUGUCCUUCGACGACGACAUCCCGGAGGUCUUUGAAAAGAUCAAACCUGGAACGUCUUCAGACACGAUGCAACCCUUGGAGGCAGGAAGUUUGGAGGCCAUCAUCCACCACGCGCGGGAUCUGAUGCAUCAAGAGGGUUGCUACAUCUGGGGCCUCGCCCCUUCGGCAAAUCCUAUGAAUCUCGUGGUGAACAGGAUCUCCCGUCGCAAUGGCAUGGUGAACGGCUUUGCCUACGGCUACUUGAACCGUCAUGAUGAGUGCUUCCAGAGUUUGUACUGCUCCCCCACGGAAGAUGUGGAACGGAGCUGUCGUUUUUACGAGAAAGAUGGCGUGCUGCUGCGGUAUUUGAUGUAUGCCGCCCGAACCAAGUUCAAAGCGCCCGAUGGGAUCAGUUUGUUGUAUGAGAAUGCCCGCGCUCGAAAGCUUGACGAAGAGGCGGCGAUUGUGAAGAUCAGCGACGAGUUCCCGCAUCUCCUGCAGGUUCGGACUGGCGAGCGGCGAAGGAAAUCGGAGGAGGCCAUGAAUUUCACCUUCAUCAGUAUCGGGCAGGGUCCGUUGCUGCCCAACGGCGUGACGACCAAAGCCUGGGCCGCGGGGAUCUCCGGGCAGCCGCCCAUCGACACGGGCGCCACGGAAACGAAGGAAACGCAGGUCCUCUCGGAGGUCAAGGUUCAGGAUCCGAAGUUGAAGGCGAAGUUGACCAAACAGGCACAAGAUGAGAAGGAGUUGCUGGACAAGUGCGUUCAGAUCCAGGAAUACUUGCUGGAACAGCAGGAGGCAGCGGAAGAUGCGCUGCACACCGGCAAAGCGCCCAAGGAACAGACACAAAGCGUGCAGAAACUCUUGGAGAAUGUGAUCAACGGGGCCAAUGUGGACAAAGUGAUCUUUAGCAAACGGAAGGCGCCAAAGCCAGUGCCACCGCAAGUUGAAGCUCCAAGAGCCCAGGUCACGUCCCAGGACAAUGGCGUCGAGGUCGGCAAGCUCGAGGUGAUGAGGCCUCCGAUUCCCGCGUUACCUCUGGCGACGACUGCGGCUUUGCGACAGGAUGAGGGCGUGCAGGGCGCCGUGACGCCGCAGCACCUGCUGCUGGCCACGUCGCUGGCCAAGGUGCAGGCGCUGCAGCAGUUCCAGUCGCACAAUUGGAACUGGGGAAACGACUUCAGUCGCGACGAGUGGUGGAUGACCCGUGCCCCGGUGACGCCUCCGGAGCUGCGGCAGAGUCAGGUGCUGUCCGUGGACCUCAGCGAUAACGAGGCGGAUAACGAGGUGAUUUCCGCUUCGCCUGGGCACACGCCGCCUCUCCAGGGCCCAACGGAACCGGCGAACAAACGGGGCCUGUUGCGACCACCGGAGAGCGAUGACGAAGACGUGGAGAUCGUAGCGGUGAACGGUGAAACCCCGGGCGGAACGAUCUUUCCCCGGCUGGUGCCUCCGGAGGCGCCAGCCGCGCCGCGGCUGGUGCCUCCAGAAGUGCAAGGAGAGUCCAAAGAGCCAUCCCUACAUCCGGAACCAGCCACGGAGUCGGAGCGUCGAAGCUCUCGACGUGUCAGCCAAGGGGCAAUGGAAGAUGAAGAGAAGAACCCCAGCGCGGAAGUUGAGGUGCCGGAUGAGGUGCCUCCAUCUCCCAUCCGCGCCUCUCGGAAGGACAGCGUUCCAAAGAGCACCAGGGCUCGGCUUUUGGCCGACAGCGACGGUGGGGACCCACAGCUGAGCAGUGAUGACGCGCAGCCCAGCUGCGGCCUUGGCUUUCAUGGAUUUGGCAUGCCUACAAUUCUGGUCCCCAAAAUACCCGAGAAGCUGCUGAAGUGGAGGACCACAGUGAUGCUUCUCUACCACCCGCCAGCGCUGGCAGUGAAGAUAGGUCGUCCAGGUCGUCCAGGUCGCCAGAGGUCGUUGCAACAUGACCAGCAAAGCAACGCGUUACGCGUUCAUGCCAUGGCUCAGGAUGCCCAGGAUGCCCAGGAUGCCCAGGAUGCGCAGGAUGCGCAGGUCUCCAGGGCCCCUUCGGACGCACCGGAAGCGGAGGAGGACGUGCGGAGCGCAAGAAGAUCUCAACGUUCUGAAGUCUCCGUGCACAGCGCUGAGGUCACAUCAGACAGGGAAGAUCAUUCACCUGCAAAUGCUGAGGUGACCAAGCCGGAGAGGAGGCGAAGUGAUGCUUCCGCACCUUCAGAUGAUGAGAGACGCUCCAGGGCGAGCCGAGGGAGUUUACGGAGAAGUGAGGACGCACAAGCUGCAGAAGCUUUUUUGGGCCAUGAAUCCGAGGAUCCCAGUGAAGCCUCAUAUCGUCGCCAGCCAAGGCGGGACUUUGAAGCUGAUCAUGAUCAUCCCGAGGUGCCGACCGCGAAGCCGCGGAGGGCGAAGGAGUCGAAGGAGACGAAGGGGUCAACGAAGCCGGAGAGACGCACAGCAGACGAAGCAGAUGACAGCGACGUGAGUCGUGCCCGCCAUGCCUCUGAAGACGACGACCAUCGCACCUCUGCUGAGUCUCCUCGCUCCUCGCGGCAAUCGGCGCGGCAGUCUGUGGAGGAAAUGGUGCAGCCAGUGCAGCCACAAGAAAGAUCCACACCUUCGAAGCCGAAGAGACGCGUAGACGAAGCGGAUAAGGACGACGUGAGUCGUGCCCGCCAUGCCUCUGAAGACGACGACCAUCGCACCUCUGCUGAGUCUCGUCGCUCCUCGCGGCAAUCGGCGCGGCAGUCUGUGGAGGAAAUGGUGCAGCCAGUGCAGCCACAAGAAAGAUCCACGCCGUCGAAGCCGAAGAGACGUGUAGACGAAUCGGAUGAAAACGUCUCCCGGGUCUCCCGGAGCGUGUCCUCGGUUCGGCGGUUUCGCCAGGUCGAGGAGCCGAUGGAGCCGGAGAAGCACUCAGACGAAGCAGAUGAAAGCGUCCCCCUGUCCAGGUCGCCGAAGAGGAAAGAUCCGCCUCGGCGGCGAGACUCCUUGAAAGAUAUCCCACAGCAGGUGGUGAACCGUGCAGGAGCACCAGCGAGCCAGCGACCGGGCAAGGGAACUCUGGAAGGACGCGGAGCUGAUGUGUCGAAGCAGAAGGUGUCAAAUCGGAAGCAGGUGGACAGCGACGACGAAGCCACGCCGCGGGCGGCUUCAAAACCACAUGCAGAGCCACACUCCAGGCGAUCGGCACGUUCCAAGUCCUCACAACGAACCGUUGAAGCUGUAGAUGAGAGAGGAGGUUCCCAACGGGGGACUGCUGAUUUUCCACAGGACGAAGUUCCUCUUGGCGAUCGGAAAGUUCCCAGGACGUCAGCUAAGCAAAGGAAGGCAGAUGUGAAAGAUGCCGUCCACAACGAUGAGACGUCAAAAAGUCCAAGAAGAGCUGGAAGCAAGUCGCCAACCCCUGAGUCUUUCGGACGCCGAGCAGAUGUGUCGCCGUCCGCAGAAAAUCAGGUGGACCGCGACGGUUUCUGCGACGCUGGAAGCGACGUGGGAAGCGAAAAAACCGUGGAGCCGAGUGAAGAAAGACGUUCGAGGUUCAGCGAAGCCAGGAACUCGACGCCCCGAUCAUCGGCGCGAUGGUCCAUGGAGUCGGGCGUGGCGGUCACAGAUCACCAGCCUGUGGAGCGAGGUGUGCGAGGUUCUGAAAGACGAUCGGCCGCCAAUGCGCCACAGGAGCCUCCUGGGCCUUCUGCCGAUCAGAGGAGGGCCAAGAAGAGCAGCAAGGAUGCUUUGAAAGACGUUUGUGAAGAGGAAAGAUCAAAAAGUCCCAGAAAGACGCGAAGCAAGUCACCUGUAACAGCAGCUGCUGGGCCAAACUUGGCCACGGCCCGACGUUCGCAGCAAAGGUCUUCGGUGGUGCAGAAGGAUGGUGUGUUUAGCAGAGAUGCGAGUUCGACAGGACAAACCUCCAGGGAGCAAGGCAAGAAGGUGAAGCCGCUGAAGCCCGCAGAAACCAAAAGCGAGACGGAGAGGUCCACAUUUGGCGCAACGAGGCACCUGGAGGCUGUUGCAGACACCACGAUGCCAGAGGAACUGGAUGGGGUCGUGGAGGCCGCCCCUCCGCGCGUUUCUCGCUGGGCGCGCGGCCGCGGUGUCGCAGCACCUGACGCGGCGUCUGUCGCGGCGCUGCCAGGGCAAGUGCAGGGCGAUGCGGAGCAACGAGAGAGGACGCCUCCCCCACCGCAGCCUUUGCCCGUUGCGGAGCCUGCGUUCCAUUGGCAGCCACCCCCGCCGCCAGCCGCACAGCCUGCGGCGGUUUUUUGUCCUCCACCACCACCAGUUACCACAAGUUCUCAGGGUUUUCUGCCAGCCACGAUGGGAUCUUUGUACGGAUGGCAUGAGAGGGGCGCUCCAGAGGACCAGACAGUGCAGGAUCCAAAAGAGGCAAGACGAGAGUCACAGCGCCAGGAGUUGAUGAAACUCCAACAGCAGCAGCAGGAACUGCUCGCGGCGAGUUCAGCAGGGACUCCCCCGUCUCCAUAUUUGGUGCAAGAACCACUCCAGGCACCACCAGUGCCGCCCCUGAGUCCGCCGCGUUCGACGCGCUCGCAGGCAGAAGAAGUGCAAACAGCACACCGUCUUGCUCAGCACGUCCUAAGCAGCAGUGCGAUGCCUACGGCGCCUACGGCUCCACAGUCACGCCUUCUGGCACCUGCUGCACCCGCGGCACCUGCUGCACCCGCGGCACCUGCUGCACCCGCGGCACCUGCUGCACCCGCGGCACCUGCUGCACCCGCGGCACCUGCUGCACCUGCGGCACCUGCAGCCGUGCAAAAUGCACCGGUAUCAGCGGCCUAUCCCCGUGCACGGGAACUGGCGGAACAAAAGCGGCUGCUGAAAUCGGCUCAAGGAAGCAAGCUGCAGUCUGCCAGCAACUUGCAACGCCAGAUGCAAGCGCUUCAAGAACAGCAGCAUCAGCUUCUCCAGAACGCCGCAGGCGCCAAAGACCCCAGUCCUCGAACGGCGGGGCGCUCGGUGUCGCCCAUGCGUUCCGCCUCGCCGUUGCAAGCGGCCGCCCGGCCGCGCAGCACUUCCCCGGUGAACGGCGCCAUACCACCGGCCGCCAGUCGCCUGCAGCAACCCCGGGUGGUCGUGGCCAGACCUGCCAAGCAUGCGGCUGUGGCGGAUAGGGUGGCAGCAUAUGUGGAACCAACCACUCUCAACCAGAAGUCGCCAAGACCCGGCGGCGGACCCGGUCACGAGCGGGUCGAGCGAGUCGAGCGAGUCGAGUCACCGAGGUCUCCCGGGUGUCCCUCACGGGUCGUGCAAAAAAACGGCUCCAGUCCCUUUCACGCCGCACCUGCAAGCAUUGUGUCGCGGGAUUCUGCGUCACCACGGCGGGCAAGAUCCAAGACACCUCCUCCCAGCGACCAACCAAAGCAAAAAGCUGGGUCCAGUCCAAAAAGUGGAUCCAGUCCCUUUCGCACUACUGCAGCAAGCGUUGCGUCACGGGAUUCCGCUUCCCCACGGCGCGCAAGAUCCAAGACACCUCCUCCCAACCAACCGAUGCCGGCACCGGCACCUGUGGCACCUGUGGCACUGGCAACGUCGGCGUCGCGGGCGAGAUCCAAAACACCUCCAGCUGAUCCGCUGGCGUUCAAAGUUCGCCGCUCUCCUCCCGUGGACUCUGCGCCCAGCCUGUCCGCCCCCACGCAGCGGCUGCCGCGGAAGCCGGCGCUGCCGGUGAUGGCCAAGGCCAAGUCGGAGAAGAGCCUCUCUUCCUUCCUGCCCAGUGACGUCAAGUCGGGUUUCGCGGACAAAGUCAUGGCGAAUGGGGCGGGCCCCGAGGGGCCCAUGGCAUCCGAUGGGAAGGAGAAUGUCUAUAUGGGUUUUCGCAACGAGCAGGGCCAGAGGGAUGGCUUUGGAGUGAUGCAAGUGGAGAACGGCCCGACCUACACCGGGCAGUGGAGCGGUUCGAAACGCGACGGCCACGGCACGCUCUUCUUUGAGAAAGGCAUCUUUGAAGGUCAGUGGGUGCAGGGCAAUGCGCAUGGCAAAGGGAUGGUGCACUUUAAGAAUGGAGAUACCUUUCAAGGAGGAUAUGAGCAGAAUCGAAAGUGCGGCUUUGGGACGUACACCUGGGCAGAUGGCACCACUGAAGCUGGGGAGUAUUUGGAUGGGCAGAAGCACGGGCAACACCACUGGCAGCGUGGAACCGAGCGAUGGGAGAUGUUCUACGACAAGGGCGCCCUCGUGGGCACCAAGCGUCGUCCCGGCGGAACCGCCGGCGGAGGAAACUCAACAAGUUCCAGCGAAACGAAGAAGGAGUUCGUGGCACAGAAACUGGUCCUGGAUAAGGCGCGACCUGCACCAAGACCUACACCUCCGCCAAGUCCUCCCAGCGAGCCACGACAGGUGGCGUCGUCCCAGUCGAGCCGCUGUCGCUCCAACAGCGCCUUCCGCGCGCAAGGCUUCACGGAUGAGGAAAUCGCGUUGAUGGAAAGGAAGAGUCCGCCUGGGUCACCCAGCCCACUGCCAGACCGCGCGGCGCAGCCUGGGGGCCACUCUGGGCGCGUCUUCUUCCCCACCUCCGCGCGUACGCGCCCGCUCCACGCCGCGGCCGCGGCCCCCGCGGCACCCGCUGCGCCGGAGCUGCUACGGAUGGGCAAAGGUUCAGCCCCGCGACCAGCGCAAAACACGGGCAGGCGGCCCCAGCGGCGGAUGCUGCCGCGGGCGCCGCCGUGGAGUUAG